AUGACUUAUACUGUCGCCCCCCAUCUUCAAUAUUUUGCCGUGCCUCUUGCGAGCUUCAUAGCUGCCAGGCCGGAAAUGGAAGGCUUUGGAGUCGGCGCGUACAUCUUUUCCCGCGCCGAUCAUCCUCCCCGUAUCCUUCUUCUGCAGCGAGCAGAAUCGGACUCAAUGCCAGGAUGCUGGGAGGGGCCUGGAGGUGCAUGCGAACCUGAUAAAGACGAAACGUUACUUGACUCUUUGGUGCGCGAGACUUUCGAGGAAAGUGGACUGCAUGUCUCUCGCGUUGUUGAGCUUGUCGCAGUCAACUGCUGGGAGCAUCAUCGCCGCACAGGAGGCAACAUUCGACUUGUCAAAUACUCCUUCAUCGUUGACAUUCAUGAGAGCCUUCACCUUGAUACAAAUGAACCAGUGCCAGCGGCUCAGAUCCCCGUUCAGCUGGAGGCCACGGAGCAUCAACACUAUGACUGGGCAACGGAGGACAAUGUGCACAUCUCCAUCAAGUCUACCAGUGGUCCUUAUAAGUUCCCAUAUCUUUCGAUGGGGCACCAGGCACCAAAUAUUCUGAGGGCUUUUGAAUUACUCAAGGAUUGA